AUGUCGGCGGCUGCUGCUGCAAGCCCGGCGUCCGCGCAGCCGGCCUCGGCCAAGAGGCAGCAGGACCUCCAGGUGCAGUACACCAACUACAAGAACGCCCUGCAGCAAAUCGUCCAGAAGAUUGGCGACGUCGAGCAGGAGGCCGACGAACACAAGCUUGUCCUCGAGACACUCGAGCCUCUGCCGGCCGACCGCAAGUGCUUCCGCAUGAUCAACGGCGUGCUGAUCGAGCGCACCGUCAAGGACGUCAUCCCAGCUCUCAAGACCAACGCCGAGGGUCUGAGCAAGGUGCUGGACGAUCUGGUCAAGCAGUACAAGUCAAGACAAGAGGACUUGGAGAAGUGGAAGGUUAGUGCUCGCAAAGGGCCCGGGGAGUGUCACCAUCGUGGAAGCCAGCCAGGCAGCUAA